CCACCAACCACCACAAAGCCAACAAGCCCAGCCAUGACGGCCCGAUACGACCGCGCCAUCACCGUCUUCUCGCCCGACGGCCACCUCUUCCAGGUGGAAUACGCCCAGGAAGCCGUGAAGAAGGGCUCCACGGCGGUGGGCAUCCGAGGGCUGGACAUCGUGGUGCUGGCCGUUGAGAAGAAGUCUGUGGCCAAGCUCCAGGAGGAGAGGACAGUCCGCAAGAUCUGUGCUCUCGAUGACCACGUCUGCAUGGCCUUCGCCGGGUUGACGGCAGAUGCGCGGAUCGUGAUCAACCGUGCGCGCGUCGAGUGCCAGAGCCACAAGCUGACGGUGGAGGACCCCGUCACGGUGGAGUACAUCACGCGCUACAUCGCGGGCCUCAAGCAGCGCUACACACAAAGCAAUGGGCGUCGUCCGUUUGGUAUCUCGUCUCUGCUCGUGGGGUUCGAUCAAGACGGGACUCCCCGACUCUACCAGACCGACCCGUCCGGCACCUAUCACGCGUGGAAGGCGAACGCCAUCGGCCGCAGCGCCAAGACAGUGCGCGAGUUCCUGGAAAAGAACUACACGGAGGAGGCGAUCGCUACGGACGCACAGGCCAUCAAGCUCGCCAUCCGCGCCCUGCUGGAGGUGGUGCAGUCUGGGGGUAAGAACAUCGAGCUCGCUGUCAUGCAGAGAAACAAGCAUCUCAAGAUUCUGGAGGCGGAGGAGAUCGAGGUGUACGUGAGCGAGAUCGAGAAGGAGAAGGAGGAAGAAGCGGAGAAGAAGAAGCAGAAGAAGUCCUCGACUUAGAAUGACGGACGCGCUCACGCACACACGUACACACACGCACACACGUACACACACACACGCACACACGUACGCAGACGCGCACACGUACACACGUACACACACACGUACACACGUACACACACGCAGACGCGCACACGUACACACACACAGACGCACGCACGCGCACACGCGCAGACGUGCACACGUACACGUGCACACGUACACACUUACACACUUACACACACGCACACACGUACACACGUAGACGCGCACACGUACACACACACAGACGCGUACACGUAGACACGCACACAGACACGCACACAGACACGCACACAGACGCAAACGCAGACGCAGACACACAAACAAAGAUGCACACAUACUCGCACAAAUACUCGCACAAAUGCACACGCAGACAGACAACACACACAGGACAUUUUUAGACCCAGACAAUGCACACACGUACACGCAUAGACACACAGAUAACAAAGACAAAGAUGCCCCGUAUCGGCUUCAGAGAAUGUUGGCGCAAAUAGUACCAGCGAGCGCCUCUAUGAAGGCCGGCACGGCACACGAGGGGGUGGGUGGCCAGCACCACGCCCGGCCGCCUUUGUCUCCCCAGUGGCGACGCUUACCACUACGCACCGCACCAGGUACUCGAUUGAGUCGACCUAGGGGAGGCCCAGGACCAGUUCGGAUAAUCGUCACCGGCGUCGUCCGUGAGCGGGAACCGAAGCUCGGAUCCGUAGCGCGAUCGCGCUCACCGCUGUGCCACCGCUCCCCACACAACACACGCACGUCAACAAUGCGCACGCACACGACAACAGUACGCACACGCGCACUCGUGUCUGUGCGCGCGCCCACGUACAGACCCUAAAGUUCACGUCGCGUGCACGUUUGCCCCCCCUCUACUGGCCCUCCCCCCCCCCCGCUGCCCCCCCCCCCGCCCCCCACUUGAACGAGUUGAGGAUUGAGCGUCAGAGUUCUUUUGUAACUUGGGCUUCUAAUAAACUCGGGCUGGCGUUCA